GAAACAUUUUGGUUUUGACGUUGACGUUUCUAUUUCUUUUAAAAACACGUGUUUACGUGUUGAGCUCAUGCCGAGCUCCGUUUUAUUUUUAAGUGUAAUAAAAUAAUCCAAAAUGAGUUUAUACAACUUUAAAAAGAUCGCUGUAGUGCCUACAGCAAAGGACUUUAUAGACAUUAUAUUGUCUAAGACACAGAGGAAAACUCCCACAGUUGUUCACAAACAUUACAAAAUAUCCCGGAUACGUGGGUUUUAUAUGAGAAAAGUGAAGUUUACCCAACAGAACUUUCAUGAUCGUCUUUCUAGGAUUAUUCAGGAAUUCCCCAAACUAGACGAUGUUCACCCUUUCUAUGCAGACUUGAUGAACGUACUGUAUGACAAGGAUCACUACAAGCUUGGUCUCGGUCAGCUCAACACCGCCAGGCAUCUUAUUGAUACUGUAGCAAAAGACUAUGUCCGUCUUCUGAAGUACGGAGACUCGCUGUACCGAUGCAAGCAGCUGAAGCGAGCAGCGCUGGGUCGCAUGGCCACCAUCAUGAAGAGACAGGCAGCCAACCUUACGUACUUGGAACAGGUCCGUCAACACUUGUCGCGUCUGCCGUCCAUCGACCCUUACACUCGUACUAUCAUCAUCUGCGGGUUCCCUAAUGUCGGCAAAUCCAGCUUUAUUAACAAGAUAACUCGAGCCGACGUAGAAGUGCAGCCGUACGCUUUCACCACAAAGAGUUUGUAUGUGGGACACACCGACUACAAGUAUUUAAGAUGGCAGGUGAUAGACACCCCGGGUAUCCUAGACCACCCGCUAGAGGAGCGCAACGUGAUCGAGAUGCAGGCGGUGACCGCGCUGGCUCACCUCCGCGCCGCCGUGCUCUACUUCAUCGAUCCCAGCGAGCAGUGCGGACACAGCAUUGAGGAACAGAUUUCCCUGUUCGAGAGCAUAAAGCCACUGUUCAGCAACAAGCCAUUGAUAGUGGUGCUGAAUAAGAUGGAUGUGACCAAACCCGAGGACCUGCCGCCUCCCAAGAGGCAGCUCAUUGAAGACCUGGUCACCACUUGUUCUAAGGGCAAUCUUGUCAAUGCGGACCCCAACUCAGACUUGUCAGUGGUCCCAGUGAUGCGUAUGUCCACCAUCACGGAGGAGGGCGUGCAGGAGGUGAAGAUCGAAGCCUGCGAGCGACUGCUGGGACAUAGGGUCACGGAGAAGAUGAGGACUAAGAAGGUGGACGGCAUCCUCAACCGCCUGCACGUAGCUGUCCCGUCCCCGCGCGACGGCAAGGCGCGGCCGCCCGUCAUCCCGCCAUCCGUAGCGCUCAAGAAGCAGCAGCAAGCCGAGAAACUCAGCCGCAAGAGGAAGCUGGAGAGAGAUAUAGAGGUCGAAGAGGGAGAUGAUUAUGUGCUCGACCUACAGAAGAACUACGCGGAGAUCCCUGAGGAGGAGCGUCACGACCCCAUCCCCGAGUUCUGGGAGGGACACAACAUCGCGGACUAUAUCGAUCCAGAUAUAUUCGACAAACUGGCUGAGCUGGAGAAGGAGGAGGAGCUGCGCGCGGAGGGAGGCAUGUACGCGGUGCCCAAGAUCGAGCUCGACGACACCAUGAAGGAGAUCCGGGAACUGGCCAGGCAGAUACGCAACAAGAAAGCAAUUCUCAAGGAUGAGUCCCGUCUCGUCAAACAGUCGACGAAGCCCGUCAUGCCGCGCACCAGCCGAGCCAGAGCCAAGGACCGCACCACCGACAAGCUCAGGGACGAGAUGGAGAAACUCGGAGUGGACAUGUCAGACACGAAAGAGGCUCACUUCACUCGUUCCCGCUCGCGCUCUCGCUCCGCGCCCGUCGCCAAGCGAGCACGAGGAGAGGACGGACGCUCCGUCAGCCGACCUGCCAGAGAUACCACCGGCGUUGGAGGACCUCUUAUGCAACAGAAAGCCAAGAAGUUGGCUCACGUGGCCAUCGCGAAGAAGACCAAGAAGAUGGGUCUCAAAGGAGAGGCCGACAGAUUCAUCGGUACCAAGAUGCCCAAACAUCUGUUCGCAGGCAAGCGCGGCGUUGGCAAGACAGACAGACGGUAGAAAUAGACAAUAUAAGAGCUGUAGGGAGAACUGUACGUUUGUGGAGCUCGUGUGUAGGGUUUUUGAAGAUUUGUGGCAGUUUUUUGGUGUUGAGAAAAAUAAAAUAUGUACAAAUAUUGUAAACUAGCUUCCGCCAGCGGCGUCGCCCGCGUGGUGUAUUGAUAAAAAGUAGCCUAUGUGUUAAUCCAGGGUAACACCUAUCUACAUACCAAAUUUCAAUCAAAUCGGUCCAGCCGUUUUUGCGUGAUUGAAUAACAAACAUACAUUCUCACAAACUUUCACAUUUAUAAUAUAAGUAAGAUUACAUUGAUUAAUUCUCUCCUUUUUUGGACUGGAGCUUAAUAAUAUCAGUAUUUUUUAACCAGCUGUAUAAAAAGUAGCCUCCAGGCUUUUUAUGCUAAACUAUAUAUCUGCCAAGUUUAAUCGGAAUCCAUUGAGUAGUUUUAUGUGAAACAGUAACAAACCUCACAGGCUUGUGUCGUUAUAAUAUUAUAAACUUUAUCGUUAUUUAUAUUUCUAUAAGAAACCUACACACGACCCUUCAAAUAUGUAAAUAAGUAUAUACUAUACAUAAGUAUAUUGAUUUUGAAAAUUGUAUGUAACUGCCAACUAUUUCCUAAAUGUGGGAUUAUGAUUGUGACCAUUUAAGUAAAAACAUUGAAAUGUUUAAACUAUUGGCGCCAUUCCGUACGUUAAACGAAGGCGAUCAUAUAAAGUCAGUGUGGCUUAUUGUAGAAUAAAAGCCAGGAACUUGUCACUGUAACUGCUCAAACCACUUGUAAUAGAGCUGAAUUUAAAUAAAUUAUAUUUAAGCGUAA